GGUUCUUGGAAGAAUGCAACAUUAAAUCAUUCCGUGAUAAUAUUGGUAUUUAUCUCACUUCUCUCGAAACCAUCAUUAAAACUGAAAAUGGCAGAAGGCGCGAAAAAGCACAACAGUUAUACAAACACUCUUUGUCAUUCAAGUCUCCAAGUCGAGCCAUGAAGCCAGGUUCUCGACCCGAUCGCACAUUGGCACGGAAAUGGGAGUCCGAACAUGCACAUAAACAAGUUCAUUUCCAUCAGCCGACUUUUUUGGACUAUGGGUCUGUACAUGGUUCUAUACACGGGACUGUCAACGGGACUAUAACUGGUGGAUCAUUCAUUGUUGGAUCAAAAAGAGAAUAUGAAGAGGAUGAUUUUGUCGAGCCAAAUCAAAUAAAACGUACGAGAUCGGAGCGCCAACGAACUCCUGAAGAUCAGAUACGUCCGUCUUUCUUUCCUUUAAGAGUUGAGCAACAUGCAACAGCCACAUUAUUGAAUCAAAUUAAUACCAUACAGGAAUUAUGGGCACGACAACAAUCACAAAUUAAACCUCAAACAGUAUUAGUCGAUGUCGAGGAAUCAGUUUUAGAUGAUGCCGAGGAAUCGGUUUUAGAAGAUAAUUACUAUUUCAUUGAUAAAGAGGAAGUUAAGGGGUACGAUUUUACUGAGCAUGAGGAAAUGAGGAAUCUGAACUCCGAAAAUGUGUCAAUUCGGAAUACUUUGCUUGAAAUACUCUAUCAAUGCCGAUCCAAAGAUCUUGAAUCAGGCAAGACGGUUAUGAAUUCGAUUUUUUUGAACGGAAUAAUAGAUAUGACAGAUGCUGGUGUGAAGCAAAGUGUACGAUCUAAGUUGAAUAAAGAACAAAAAUCAUGGCUUGAUCGAAAACUAGAAAAGCAAGCUUGGGAUCAAACCACUGUGUUCAAGGAUUAUUGUAGUCAGUUCACAGAAGAUAAAUGCGAUCGAGUCCAAAUCCCCACUCUCGUGCGAAAGUCUUAUAUUGUGGGUUAUUGCUUAUGUGAAGUUAAUGAUUCAAUUAUGAAUAGUUCUGAACGUUUGGAAGCUCCAAUAAACCCCGAGUCAAAUGCAUCAAGCCUUGAAAGAACAUAUUCAAUUGAUACAACCAUAUAUAUCAUGAACAGACUCUUCAGAAUGCACCAAGAUGUGCUGGAUUGGAAUUGGAUGGAAAUACUCACUACAGUUACAAAGAACCGGAAGAUAGACGGUGUUUUGAAAGUUCUCAAGAUAAAAAAAGAAAACCAUCGGAUAAUAGGAAUUGCCGAAUUCUCGAGAGGUAUAAAAUCCCCCGAUACCAAAGAUGUUGAUGAUAAGGUAAAGCUUGGCCGUAAUGCCAUGCGAAUCUUAAACAAACUACUCGAUACUGUUCCGUAUGGAGAAAUUCGCAUACGAUACAUGGUACGACCACUUCCAUCGAUAUAUCUUGAUAAUGAAUUUGCGUGUAUCAAACUUCCGAACAGUUUUGAUGAUAUGGAUCAAUUUGCUAUGGAUAUGGCAAUUCUCAUGAACUUCCAG